AUGGAGUACCUUUCUACUGUUUUCUUCAUCAUGUCUCUGUUAAACUGGGGAUUGGCGUAUCCCGUGUUCCUUACCUUCUGUUGUAUCUCUUUCAGGGCGAUCUCGGACCGUGUCACAGAACCGUUCAUUGAUGAAAUUUUCCAUCUCCGUCAGUGCCAGCAGUACUGCGGCGGCGACUUCUAUACCUGGGACCCAAAAAUCACAACUCCACCCGGUUUAUACUAUCUUGGGUACGCCUGGGCCUACGGGCUAGACCGGCUUGGGCUUGUAGAUGCCUGCGGGAUCAGUGCCCUCAGAAGCUUGAACCUUAUGGGCGGAGUGGUCUGCCUCCAGCUCCUUUUCAGUUUCACACAGAAGCACUCCCAUGGCGUCUGGAGCACCAACUUGACCGCUUUUCCAUUGCUUGUGGUCUACUACUUUAUUUUCUACACGGAUAUCUGGUCUACCGUCCUUAUCUUGACCAGUUUGGUGCUUGUGGUGGCGUUACCCCUCGGACUCCACCCCAGCGCGUAUCUCAGUGCCUUCAUCGGCCUCAUUAGCAUUUCCUUCAGGCAGACCAAUAUUGUGUGGCUAGGAUUCAACAUGGUUGUUCUCCUUGACAGAAGAGUCCAGGCUGCCGGCAAGUACCGCGGGAACUUGCUUCAGUUCGUUAUGGCUUUUGUUCAGCAGAUGAUCAGCGACUGGACCCUUGUGCUUCCGUAUGCAAUCGACGGGGGCCUUUUUGGGGCCUUUUUACUCGCCAAUGGAUCCAUCACUUUCGGAGACAAGGAAAACCACGUAGCUGGCGUGCAUAUCGCGCAGGUGUUUUACUGCUUGACCUUCAUGGCUGCCUUCAGCGUGCCUAUCUGGAUCUCCGAUGCCUUCCUCAAAAGCUAUUUGAGGUUCUCAGUGGGGUCAAUCAAAAGCGCUUUAGUCACGGCUAUGCUGAUUCUCACAAUCCUUGGAUGCAUCGACCGCUUCACCGUGGCGCAUCCCUUUUUAUUGGCGGACAAUCGCCAUUACGUCUUCUACAUUUGGCAGCGGAUUAUUGCGUACAAUUCUUACUCGAGAUACCUUUUGGCGCCGAUCUACCACUUUUGCUGUUUCGUUGUGGGAAAUCUUCUUUAUACCAACCUCUUUGACGUGAAGCCAUCACAGGUGAAGAAGUCAUCCCCGCCGAUGAAGUUAUCGCCUAUUGGGGCGAUUGCUUACCUCGCCUGUAUCGCUGUGACCAUUAUUCCGUCGCCGUUGUUUGAACCCAGAUACUACAUUCUUCCAUUUUUGUACUGGAGACUCUUUGUGCAGCCGUCGUCGCAGCCAUUUAUUAUGCUGUUGGCGGGUUAUGGACAACCACCCACCCAGAGACUUGCCCUCGAGUUUGUGAUGAACCUUGCCAUCAACGCCGUUGUGGUGUUUGUAUUUGUCAAUUUUGAAUUUGAAUGGCCAAACGAACCGGGCGUGGUACAAAGAAUUAUCUGGUAA